AUGACGAGCGGUGUCCAGCUGGUGACCAAGUCCCUGCCAGUGGUCGUCGUCCCGUCUUCGUCAGGGCCGGCACCACCGACGGCCGGCGAAACCGUUAGGCUCUCCCCUUUCGACAGGUGCGUCGCUCCUUUUCCGGUGACGAUGCUGCUCGCGUUCGACCGCCCGAUCCAAGAACCGGCGGAGACGAUAAAGUCUGCCCUGUCGCGUGCGCUGGCUCACUACCGCCCAAUCGCCGGCCGGCUGCGCCUGACGCCAAGACCCGGCGACGACGACGGGGAAGAACCCUGCAUCGCGUGCACCGACGAGGGCAUCACCUUCGUUGGCGCGUCAGCUAGCUGCGGGCUGGAGGACGUCACGACGGCCCUGCUCACGGACCUCGUGAUCCGCUAUCCCGCCGAGCUCUGCCGCGACACCGAGCCCCUGCUGCUGCUACAGGUGACGGAUUUCACCUGCGGGGGUUUCACCGUCGGCGUGACGUUCAACCACGUCGUCGCCGACGGCUCCGGGUUAGCGCAGUUCCUGAGGUUCGUCGGCGAGCUCGCGCGCGGGGCGCCGCAGCCUUCCCUCGGCCCGGUCCGGCGCUGGGACGACGGCCUGCCGAGCCUCCCCGUGUCCACGGUCGCCGCGCAGAAGUCGACGAUGGCGCACGGCCGCAAGGACCUGGCCCGCGUCGACGUCGUCGUCCCGUUCAGCCUGAUCAGCGGCAUCAAGGCCGAGUCCGGUGGCACGGUCUUCGACGUCGUCACGGCGGUGCUGUGGCGCUGCCGCACCCGGGCGAUCAUGUCCGCCGCCGCCGGCGACGACCCGGAGUCCCCCGCGCCUCUGGCGUUCCCGAGCGACGUCCGCGCGCGCGUCGGCGCCCAGGCCGGCUACUACGGCAACUGCGUCGUCGUGCAGCUGGUGCCGGCGACGACGAGAGCCGCCGUGGCGAGCGCCGGCAUCGGCGACCUGGUGGCUCUCAUCAGACGCGCCAAGGAGAAGAUACCGGACCUGCUGCUGCCGGCGGGCACCAGCCCCGACCCCAGCCCCAGCGAGGAACAAGGGACACCAGCGUUCGACGACGCUGCUGCGGCCGGGGCCGGGGGAACAGCUGUGUCGGCAGCAGAGGGCGGCGAUCAGGAGGAAAUGAAGCUCGCGUACAACGCGCUCGUCGUCGCCAACUGGCGGACGCUAGGAGUCGACGAGGUGGACUUUGGCGGCGGCGUGCCCGCGAGCGUGACGUGGCACGAGGAGCGGGCGGUGGUGCCAGGUUGCGUGGCGUGCCCGCCGUGCAGGAAUAGGGAGGACGAUGGGGUCAGAGUGGCGGCGAUAUGCGUCAAGACGGAGCACGCCGGCGCCUUCCUUGAGGAGCUCGUCUCCAUGGGAACCAGGGUGCUUCCCUCCAAUCUGUGGGCAUAA